AGCAUCUGUCCUCCCGCGAAUCGCGUAUAGUAGUAACCAAUAGAGGGCGCUGUGUCCAUGACGUCAUCAGGCGGUGAAUACAACGUUAACUUCAAGCAGACAGUAUUCUACUAUUGUAUCGGCCUAUGAGUUAAGAACAGUAACAGGACUUUCAGUGGCUUCGUUCACGGAUUAUUUUGUUGUUAUACUAUGGAUACGUAUUAAUGUAUUAUAUAUAAUCAUAAGGACAUCUAGGCUGUAAUAUUUAACAGUGGAUAUAACAUAAUAUAAAACGAAUCGAUGGAGAAUUUUAUGAUGGAAAACUGUAUGAAACGGAGAGAGGUGGGGUCUGAUGAAAGCGACCAUGAAGAUAUAGAAAAUAGAAUUGUCAGCCCGUACAAGAGAUUGAAAUUAUAUGAUUCACCAACAUUAGGACCAGAUGGCAUAUAUCCAAGUUGUUUUGGUAUUGGUCAAGAAAAGAAACGGACUAAAGUUUUACAGAAUCAAGGUCAGUUGAAGGUAUCAGCCUAUAUGAACUUCGGACUUUUAACCGUUCAUGUGGUACAAGGAAGAAAUUUUGCCUCCAGUUGGAAACCGUUGUGCGAUUCGUAUAUUAAGAUGUCAUUGGUACCAGAUGAGUCUAAGAGAACCCGAUGUAAAACUGCUUCUAUCACAAACACCAACAACCCUUUAUUUGAUGACAAAUUCUCUUUUGAAAUUUUGGAAGAAGAUCACAACAAAAGAUUGCUUAUAUCAGUGUGGCAUAAAGAUCAAAAGAGUGGUUUGAGUGAAUUUCUCGGAUGUAUGUCGUUUGGAGUAAAACAUUUGAUGAAUCCCAAGAAAGAAGUGAAUGGAUGGUAUUACCUACUUACAGAAGAAAUCGGUCGUAAAAAACAUCUUCAGAUCACCAAAACACAGAAACCUGCUCUUAAAGAUUACACACAAGCUAAUAUUCCACAGAUAAAUAAAGACGUUAAAGGUAGUGAACCAACAACUGUAAUGAUGUAUCGUGGUAAAAAUGGAUUUGGUUUUUCGGUUAUUGAAUCUUUUCCAGUUAAAGUUGGUCGAGUUGAUGGUGCUUCCCCAGCAGAAGAAGCCGGGUUAUUACAAGGCGAUAUUAUUGUAAAAGUUAAUGGUCAGAAUGUUUCACGGUCUACCGCUGUCAGUGUUGCCAAGCUUGUCAAACGCAGUGCCAACAAGCUUGUACUUGAUGUUCAAAGACAGAAAGAACCAGUUACUAAUACUACAUAUGAUAAACCAAUCCGACAGAAUGUUACAGAACCUAUUUAUGAAACAAUCAACAGCUACCAUGGUACUGAUUUAGAUUCUACUGAUGGUGAUGUUUCUAGAGAAAUGAGGAAUGAUUGUGAGAUAUCUGUGGAUACUGAUAACGCUUUCCUUGAUGAUCCUGAAGAAUGUUAUAUAGCUACUACCAGCACACCUUUACCCCUUCUUUGUAAUGGACAUAAGACUUAUUACUCUAGUGCUAACGAACAACGUAAACAAGAGGCCGUCCACAGACUUCUCUCCCUUGAAUUAGACUUUAUCGACUUUAUGCAUGCUGGUAUUCAAAGAUAUUCUCGCCCUCUCCGUCAUUGUAUCCUGGCUGCCCAGCAACACUCUGCCCUCUUCCAGAACGUUGAGAAAUUGGUUACCAUCUCUGAGUACCACGUCAAACAGAUGCAAGAUAAUUCCCCAUCUUUGUACACCGAUACCGACGAUACACAAUCCAGCGAAGGCAGUCAUUUUUACCAAGUCAUGGGUCUCAUCUACCAAUCCAAACUUCAUAUGCUGUGCCAAGCCUACGAAAUCUACGCCCAGGGUCUUAGUAAUGCCAAUGGGGUUUUGUCCGGCCUGAAGAGAAACCCAGACUUUAUGAGAUUUGUGAAAGAACCAGCCCUCACACCUGGAGAACCUAGUAUCAGUGCCUUCAUCUACCGUCCAAUCCACCAUCUUAAAGAGCUCCACCAAUGUCUACGAGAUAUCUUCACCAACACCAGCACAGCCAGUGAUGAUUACCCAUCCUUGAAAAACGUCGUUGAAGGUUUACAAGAAAGCGUCAACAAUAUUACAAACUGCAGCAGCCGAGCCCAGAGUCUGAAUUCACUAUCAUCAAAGAGAAGUAAAGGUAGCGCCGGCAGUCUGGGUUCCAGUGGUAGCAGUACAGGAUCUGGCAGCAUGAAGUAUGGUUCUUCUUCCAGUAGUUCAAGCACCUCUAGUAAGAUACCAACCUCCUGUUCCAUGCAAACCAAUCGAUCUGUUGAUUCUGAAGUCAUGAAGAUUCAAGAUCGCCUAGUUUUCUCCGCUAACAUCCCAGUUUUCCAGUUAUGCCAAGAAGAGCGUCAUUUGAUCUACCGUGGCGACAUCUUUAAAUGGGAAGGAAAACAGUGGGUCAAGAUUCAUAUGCUGUUAUUUUCGGAUGUUAUUCUUCAAGUAGAAAGAGAGCGAUCUGGUUAUAUGAAAGUUAUUGAAGAACCUAUAUUUUUACGUGAAUUAUGUGGUGUUGAAGCUAACUGCAAACAUGCUACUGAAUUUUUGCUUCAUACCUGUCCUAGAAGUCCGUGUACUGGUCUACCAGCUCCUAAACGAUUACUAUUUUGUUCAUCAACAACAGAAGAGAAAUACGUGUGGAAGAAUUUAUUAGAACAGAGAGUGUACAGUAUUCGAGGAACCGUUACCCAGUAUAGCAGCAGUACUAGUAGUGACAACUCCAUCUAUAGUGUUAUUGUGUGAAAAGUGAAUCAUUAACUUUUGUAAAAGAAAGUAUGAAAAAGUGCUAAUUUAACUUUCAGGCUAUGACAAAUUUGUGAAUUCAAAUAUUUUUUUUAAAGACUUAGUGCUGUAUAAUGUUGUUGUUUUGUAUGGAGUUCUUAGUGCUGAUUGGAUGCUGAAAUCCUCAAUUUGAAACACGGACAAUGUGGCAAAGUGCAAUUGACAUUAUUAUAAAACUGUAUAUAGGAAGGAAUAUUUAUGAAUAUGUAUUAUAGUAUUUAAUAAUUGACAAGAAACUGGACUAUCUUCUUUCCUUUUGUAUAUACAUAACCAUUUCUUAAACCUUGUCUUAAUCUAUUGUACAUAAAUUCCCUAUUUGUAAUAUACUAUUAUAUAUAUUAUGAGAAUGAGGCUGUAGCUCAAUAUGUAUGUAGUUAUUUAUAUUUCA